AUGCUUGUGCUCAUCAUCAGGAUAAUUGCCAAGAAGACACUGUUUAUCGUUAAACUAUUUGGCCGUUCGAAGAUCUUUCUGCUAGUGCUUCCGAUGGCGUGGGCACUGGUAGCAGUCGGGCCCUACAUCUGGUGGCUAUCGGUGGAAACUAGUAGACACAUACUAUUACCAGUGCCGCCAACCCUGUCUCUGGAGCAUUAUCGAUGGAACAGAAGCUUGCACCAUUACUUGGACAAUAUCCAGACCCUGAUCGAGCCGUCAAUGCUUCCCUGCACUAACCCCGAUGAGAUAGUGGUGCUGGUGCUGGUGGCUAGCGCCCCCCUCCGCUUCGAGCACAGGCAGGCUGUGCGAAUGACCUGGGGCGCACAUCUACCGACCUACUUCGUGCUCGGUUUACAAGGGGACAAUGUUGAUGAGCAGCUGGUAGACAACUACAUUGAAGGAAAGCAGUACAGCGACCUGAUACUCUUCGAAUUCCACGACCAUUACCAGAACUUGACGCUGAAAACCGCGCUGAUGAUGAAAUGGACUCUGCAACGUUGUCCUCAAGCUCAGUUCCUAUUCAAGACUGAUGAUGAUGUCAUGGUGAACCCCUGGACACUCCGCAAAGUGCUGAAGGAGAAUGAAGAUGCUCCGCUUCUGGGCUAUAACAAGAGGAACACAUACCUCCACCGCGACGAGUACAGGAAGUGGUACACUCCUCGAUGGAUGCUGCGAGAGGACCGCGUGUCUCAGUACCUCAGCGGCACCGGUUACCUAAUUAGCGGGGAUUUCAUAUCAAAAAUUUUGAAGAACGCCUACGAAGUGCCCAUGGUGAAUCUCGAGGACGUAUACUUCACGUACCUGGUGGCACACCGACGGCUGGGCCUGAGGCUGGUCCACGAGCGCCGGCUGAGCCCUUACAAACCCUGGCUGAAGGCCUCGUGCCUCUACUGGGACCUAGCAUCCGUACAUAGCAUGGCACCUGACGAGAUGAUCACGGCGUGGGCCAAAAUAGAAAACUACGGGAACAUGGACCACCAUAGUGACAUUUGUUGGUUUUUUAACAAGUAUUUAAGAGGUUAUAGUGAACUAGCGUUAUAUUGA